AUGUUGCACAAAUAUUACGGAAGAAAACCAAUAAUCGUUCAUUGCAGCGCUGGCAUUGGAAGGACGGGAUCUUUUGUUGCCGUUGAGCUGGCGAUGGCGAAACUGCGCAAAAAUGAAACUUGCAUUGUUGUGGAUAUAACCAGGAAGCUGCGAGAAUAA